CACCAUAUAUUCCUAACUAAUACUCCCUAAUAUAUUAGCAAUGGCAAGAAGAAAAGCAAGGUUGGCCUACAUUAGCAAUGAAGCACAAAGAAAGGCCUCCUAUAAAAAGAGAAAGAAGGGGUUGUUAAAGAAGCUCGAGGAGCUAACAAUCCUAUGCAACGUCGAGGCAUGCGCAAUCAUGUAUAGUGCCUUUGACACGAAGCCAGUUGUGUGGCCCUCGGUCGAAGGGAUGCAACACAUUGUUGCUCGGUUCAAGAGUCUCCCGAGCGUCGAGCAGACGAGGAGGAUGCUGAACCAGGAGAGGUUCGUGCAGAAGAGGAUUCACAAGCUGAGCACCACUCUAAUCAAGUUGAGAAAAGAGAACCGGGAGAAGCAAAUGAUCGCGCUAAUGCAUCGCAUCCUCGUCGGUGAGCACAUUAUCGAGCCCUUGAAUACCAUGGAUUUGAACGAUUUAGGUUGGGUGAUUAACAUGCACUUGGUAGAGAUUAAUAACAAGAUUGAGACGAUCAAGAAAGAGGAUGGUGCCUCCUCAUCAAUCCAAGGAGGGGAUUCUGCUAUAAGCAUGUCCAAUUUCCUUGUCGGGUCUUCUUGUAGAGGUGUGGUGCUUCCAAGCAUGUUUAAUUUCCAGGGCGGGGCUUCUAGCAGCAGUGCGGUGUCUCCAGACAUGUUCAACUUAAUGGUUGGGCCUUCCACAGGACAUGCGAUGCCUCCAAGCAUGUACAACUCCCAGGAUGGGGCUUCUAGUAGCAAUGGAACGACUCCAGACAUGUUAAACUACCAGCCAGGUAGGGGCUUCUGGAAAUUGUGUUGUGGCUCCGAGCAAGGUAAACUUCCAGGCUGGGAUUUCAAGAAAUAAUACGGAGGCUCGAGGCGGGUUCAACAACCAACACGAGUAAGAGGAGGAAGCUCAUAUUGAUGUUGUUGGCCUAAAUCAUUUGUUUCCUAUGUCUAAUAAUUAAACUCCAAUGAUGGUGUGUAGUGGGUACGUAAGAAACAAAUGAAGAUGAUGAGCAAACACAACUACAAUCAAAAUGAUUCAAGUCAAGCGAUGCCCUAUGGCCUCCAAGAGUCCUUGAAUGAAAUUGGAAUCAUCGU